AAUGUACUCUCAGUCCUUUUGCUAAUGUCGCGUUUAGGGCGGGAUGCCCUUUAAACAGUAAACACACAGGCACUCAGAUUCCAUAUAUCUUCUAAGUCGUUCGCAGAGAGAUCGGUUGCAACAUAAUAAUUGAUGGAGAGGAAUGUAAUCAAGAAAUCUCGCGUUCAUUCUCCUAAUGGUAGUACGGGCGAGGAAGGCCUCGUGGAGAAACUUCCUGUUGAGAUUAUUGGAGAGAUAUUGUCUCGCGCAGGAGCUGUACGAGAUGUCAUCAGAGCUUCUCUAACUCGUCGCAAGUGGCGAGAAGCUUUUUGCAAGCACCUUCACACACUCUCGUUUGAUGUUUCGGAUGGUGAUGACCUGGAAGUGUUGAUCACAAAGACCAUAUUUCAAACAACUGGUGUGCGAAAACUAUCCAUUGCGACUUACAAGCACAAGGUUUCAUCUGUUGCAGCUUUGGGCUGGUUAAUGUUCACUAGAGAAACAUUGUCGGAGUUGUUUUACAGGGUUAUCACUUCUCCCACUAUUAAUGUUCUUGAUAUAUGCGGAAGGCAGAAACUCAAAACCUUGAGUUUACAAGAAGAAACAAUUAUUAGGGUUGAACCUGGCUUCCAUCGAUUCCCCUGUUUGACAUCACUUUGUCUGAUCCGUUGCUGUAUUUCAGAAGAGGAUCUAAAUUGACUCCUUUUGGCACUUCCCAAACUUGAGUGUUUGGAGCUACGUGACCCAAAAUUUGGAGUCGUGGAUGAGCAUAAUUUUUCAGAAAGGGUAACAGUGAAAUUGCAUUUACCUACAUUGAAGACUCUUGUUUUUAUUGAUCUAGUUUUGUUUGAUUUUAUUUUGGAGACAUGUGAUGUUGGAUAUUUGAAUAUGAAAGGCUGUGCUUUUGAUUUAUUUGAGGUCAAUGGUAGUAAAAAUGUGAGGCAGCUCAAAAUUUCCAAAUCGGAGUUUCAACUUCUUGAAAUUGAAGAAGGAGACAAUCUAGAGAUUUUGGAAAUCAUCAAUAGUCAUGUCUUUAUGUCAAAUUUGUUCCCGAUGAAGGUUCAAGCUCCAAAGUUAAAAACGUUUCGAAUUUGUCGUUUUGUUGACAGAAGUGAUCCUUUUUACCCAGGGGAUGAGUCGGAAUGUGUUUUGGAUUUAGAUCGAAUGGCUGUUUGUUCGCCAUAACUGAGCCACCUUUCAAUAUUCUAUGAUGUAGAGGAGCCUGUCAACUAUAACUUUAGAGGAGUGUCUCCCUUGGAGAAUGUGGUCAUCUUGGAUGUUGGGUGGGAUGGUUUCAAAAGGGAUUGUGUCCUUGACUUCACGGAAUGGACAGAGAAGGUGCUGAAGUGCUGUCCAAAUCUUAGGAAGUUGAUUGUCCAUGGGAUGGUUAUAGAAUGGGAAGAUCCCAAGUAUUUGAUGAAUCUUG